CACUGUUUGUAGGCAUCAUAUCAGCGCUUUUAUUGGAGCAAAUGAGUCAUGUGAUUUGCUUUUCAACUUCCUGGUUCUGCAUCUACCGAAUACACAGACAGAUGGCAAUACAAGUCACGGUUCCUUGAGUUCUGCUGCAAUGUCUCUUAUAAAGGAUCUUCACUCGGCAGCGAAGAACCAUCUUAAAGGGCUGAAGAGGUCAUUAGUCCUGAAACUUGCUGCUGAAAUACUGUCUGUAGACUGUGGACUAAAGCCGUGUUUUUUGUAUGACUUCAGUGCAGCAGAUAUGCUCCAAAUAUUGAACUACCUCAAAGAGCUUCAAAAGAUGGGUUUUAUAAAAGGGCCUCUCCACCUUCUUACCAUGGAAGAGAAUAUUCUGAUUCUUAAUGUGUCGAGAGUUGUCUCUUUUCUGAAGAUAUUACUACAGAGUAAAGACUUACACGUAAUGGAUGUUUCUGCCCAGCUAAAGCAACCCAAGAUAUUUGGGCAGGAUCAACUUUGUCAUAUCCGACCCCAUAUUUCAGAUCUUUUGACGCAUCUAAGACCUUACCUGGGAGAACAGCCAGGUUCCAUAACAGUUACAGAGCUCCCUUGUUCAGAGUGGAAUCUCUGCACAAUGUUUGGUCUCCUCCUCCAUUACCCGGCUGUUUACUGGUUUGAUACCACAAGAAACUUUGAGAAUUGCUUGUCUCUUAUGCCACUGAAGCGUUUUAUUGUCCAGACCACAUGUCCCAAAAUAGAACUACAUAAAUUUCAGCUUUAUUCUUUCACAAUUCCAGAGUUGAUAUAUCCUUCUCUGCAAUCGCCACUGCAGACAUGGAGCAAGGAUGUCAGACGUGUGUUUCAUGAACAAGGUCAUUUCACAGACCUUGAAAUUAUCACAGAAACUGUAACACUACCAGCUGUGGCUCUCUAAAGGAAUGUGUAUAUAAUGCAAAUUGGAUUAUAGGUGUGCCUGCUUUGUCUCCAUUACAACCCAGCUUACAAUAUAUUAUCCUUAUUUUCUUCUAAUGACAUAAAACACCUGUUGCUUAGUAUGAUGAAUUUACCUGGUCCAUAAAAGAUUUCUUCCUUCAGUAUUAAUAUGCGAUUCCUUCUGGCAUUGCUUGCAGUGCUCUUAUGUAACAGUAAUCAAUUGAACAGACAAGAUGGUGAUAACAAACCUAGGCACAUUAACACAGAAAUGUUUUUGUUGACAGAUAAGAACCCCCUUUGCCCAUCUAGUCUUCCCAUGCAUUGCUAACAGUGGCAUAUUUUACCUAAGGGCUGCAGGACAGCAGCUAACAACCCCCCCCCCCCCCCCAAAAAAAAAUAAUAAAAAAAAAAAAAAAAUACGCAACCUCAGCUCACUGAGCCAAUUACAGUCUGUGACUGCACUGACUUCACUGUGACUUCCUAUUGGAAGUGCUACCUGUCAAUCACCCACACGACAAACACACCCAGGGGUGAGGUGAUUCUUCCUCUGGGACUGCCAGGCCGAGCUGUGAUUAACAGAGUAUGCUUCUCAAUGUCAACCCUAACUGGCUUCUAUGGGCUGCAGCGUGUAUAAGUGUGUGGCUGUGUGCAUAAGUGUGCGACUGUGUAUAUAUGUAUAAGUGUCUGUAUGUGUGUGUGUAUAGUAUACUAUAUGUGAAUAUACAUACAUACAUACAUACACACUGUAUAUGGCAGAUACCACUAACUCAUCACAAAAUCCCCUGAACCAUAAGGACUAGGAACUUGAAAUUUGGACAGUAGCUUGAUUUGGUGACGUAGGCACCCACUAAGAAGGGAUUUUCCUAAAUUCCACCCACAAAAGGGUUAAAAGGGGUGAGGUAAUUCCCCCCUCACAGAGGAAAGUUAAGACAGCCCGAUGCAUGGUGCCGGCGAUAUCAAGUCAUGGAGGGGGGAGAUACAAUGCUCUGUUCCUGGAUUUCCUUGCAGUGGCAGAGCACUCCAUUAUUCAAAUAGGGGAGCCACAUCAACUGCCACGUCUAAACACUGUCAAACAUCGCUGAGUGUGGCUCCCCUAUUUGAAUAAUGGCCUGCUGUAAAACUGCCACUGGCAAGGAAGUGAAGCCCUAUGGUUCAGGAGAUUUUGUGAUGAGUCAGUGGUAUUUGAGAUUUUUUAUAUAUAUAUUUAUUUAUAUAUAUAUAUAUAUAUAUAUGUAUAUAUGUCUCAAUUUAUUUAGAUUCCACAUAUAAGUACUUAACCAAACGAUUUUCAGUCAGGAGAGAACAGUGUAAUUAUCAGAGGUUAAAUUUUCACUUGCACUAAACAUUGCAGAUUCUCUCAGUAAAAGCAGUAAAGGAGACAUAGAUCGUUUGACUCUUAAAUGUAUUAAAGGAAAGCUUGACAAGCAUUUGCUGACUAUCUGCUGUGUAAAGGGUGCCGACAGCUCUCCCAGUGACCUUAAGUGUUGUGCGAAAAUCUUUACCUUUUCACCUCAAAGGAGGAGCCCUAAGGAGAGCAAGAAGCUAAGCAAGGAAACCUAGGGCCCUUUGGAAUAAAGUCAGCCUAUCCCUGCAAUCCUUACCUAUUUAACAUACAGCGGGUGGAGCUUGGCCUAUCGUACCAGCAUUUACAGCACUGAGCAGGGCAGCAUUAGAGGCAGUACGGGGCAGAUAAGGAGGCGGAUUAUUCUCCUCAGUGCCAGUCUUUUGACAGCAUCAAUCCGGGGAAGGCCCAUCCAGAGGUGCGGCGUGACACAGAUGUUGCAUAGGCCACCAAAUUGGUCAGGGUCAGCUCUGCCUAUCUCAUCUUGGAAGCUACUAAAGCUCAUGCAUGCUCUACUCAUUUGCCACCUUGAUUACUGUAUUCUUCUCAUUUUUGGCUUCUUCCUGCCUCAUCCUUCUCCAGUUUAUCCUCAACUCUACUGUCUGCCUCCCUUUUCUCUCUUGUUGCUUUACCUGUGCUGUCCCUCUCGGAUAGUAACUCCAUUGUCUCCCUAGAACACUCUUAAUUCAAUUCAAACUCCCCACUCUUUCCCCAUGAAUGCUCCUCCCUACAUCUCCAGCCUAAUUUCCUCCUACCUCUUUAACUGUGCUGAUUGUCACCUCAAGUCCUCCCUGAUCACUACUUCCUAAUCUCACAUUCUGGACUUCUCAUGGGCAGCUCCUAAACUCUGGAAUGACCUCCAUUGCUCCAUUAGAGUCUCCUUCCAUUUUUACCUCGCGUUUCCCUCUGUCUUCUCUGCAUAAAUGUGAAUUUAUAUGGUCUGCAUUAUUAAGCACUUAUGUUUCUGUUGUCUAUUUUAUUCCUUUGUAUGGCACUAUGGGAGUCUUAAUAAAUACAAGAUAGUAAUUAAGUUCUGAAUAUACUCCAAAAAUAUCUGGGAAGAUUUUUUGUACACUGUUAUGUGCCAGUGUUCCUUCUAUGUUGUGACCAUAGGGUUAAAAAUGUUGAUUUCUACAUGAUUACAAACUAGCAGAAUCCUCAUAGGGUGUAUCAGUUUGUUAAAUAUUGAACACACAUUUACAUCAAAGUAUAUGUAAUGAAUCUGGCCCAUUGUAUUAACUUUUGGAAGUCAAACAAAACAUUAAUAUCAUGCGAGACCCAACUCGGUCACAGAUUGUGUGCUAUAGGUUACAUCAUGCUUGUUUUUCUGCAUCUGCCUGGCACUAGCCUGACAUGUAGUGGACACUCCCUAAGCAUUCUGGGACAAAUAGCUUUCUCAUCUAAGCCAGUCCUAACAAGUUAUCUUGGGGAUUUGAACAAAUUAAGGAAAUGUAUAUAGAAUAUAGCAACCUUAUGUUUUGUGGGAGUCUGACUUAGAAGGACUUGCAAGAAGUAAUAUUGAUGAUUGACAAAGUUUUCCUCAGACUUUCAAGAAUAUAUUGGACAAUAAAAUGCAGAUAAAUCCAAAGCAGAGUAUCUCAUCAUCACUUUCACAUGCAUGUUUUUGUUCUUAUAUCUGCACCAAUAAUCAUAUUCUUAUAAAUCCUGAGCCUCCGUGUUAUAUUUACCAGCUGACACAAAAUAAAUUGA